AUGUGGGCGUUUUCGUCUUCGACUACCCCGGCUGCGCCGUCACCGGAUGCGGCGCCGUCAGAGGACCCCCAGAAUGACGGAUCGAAACUCAAAACCUUCAUUUCCAUCCUGAGAAAGUUCAUCGGCGUGGCCGACCUGGCGUCGGUUCGCUUCUCGUUGCCAUCACAGCUCCUCGAACCCACACCGAAUCUCGAAUAUUGGAACUACCUCGACUCCCCAAACGCCUUCGUUGCUAUCGGUACCGCAGAUGACCCAGUCGACCGAAUGCUAGAGGUGUUGCGGUUUUGGUUUACAAAAGACCUGAAAUAUGCAAAGGGGAAGCCUUGCAAGCCGUACAACUCUUGCCUGGGCGAGUUCUUCAGGUGUAACUGGGAGACCGACGAUGACGCUCCCAAGAUCGACACAACCGUACUUCGCCAACUUGGCAGUGCCCCGAACAGCAGCGCUUCGAGUGUUAAGUCGAAUAAGCUCGCCGUGCCCAAUGGCCUUGGGGCUGGCGACUCCCGCGGCGCCUCGACGGUGUCGGUCUCACAAUCAGCGAACAACUCGGGCAAGCCCGUUCGGGUUUCCUAUUUAACGGAGCAGACCUCUCACCACCCGCCCGUCAGUGCUUUUUACAUUAGCUGCCCAGAGAAGGGGAUCCACGCGAAGGGCUUCGACCAGAUUACCGCCAAAUUCACGGGAACCUCGAUCAAGGUGAUGCCGGGUGAGCAUAAUUUGGGCAUUUUCAUCACGGUGGAGCGCCGUGACAACGAGACUUACCAGCUUACCCACCCCGCUGCCCACCUCGGUGGUAUUCUCCGUGGCGCGUUGAGCGUGAGUGUCGGCGACAUGGCUUACAUCACUUGCCCUGAGACGAAAUUGAAGGCUAUCUUGCGGUAUUACGAUGACGGCUGGCUUGGACGGACCACGAACAAGGUUGAGGGUGUCAUCUUCCGGUAUGAUCCGGAGAACGAUGAUAAGCGGCAGAUCCAGGACGUCGCUGAGGAGGACAUUCUCGUGAGACUUGGCGGGCCGUGGAAGGAAAAGAUUGUCUUUACACUAGGUCCCAAGCCACUGGCCUCCCACCCCCCAGAACGCCAGAUCACCAUCAUCGAUAUUGCACCCCUCUCUGUCGCCCCCAAAGUGCUUCCCCCGGUCGAGCAGCAACUACCCAACGAAUCCCUUCAGCUUUGGGGCGAAGUCACCAAAGCCAUCCUUGCCAAGCAGUUCUCCCGGGCCACGAGUGUUAAGCAAGAGCUGGAAGAGGCACAACGUGAAAAGGCGCGAGAGCGCGAGAAGAAGGGCGAGGAAUGGAAGCCUGUUUACUUCGAGCAGGCCACCGAUAAGGCCGGCAAGCCGUCGCUCUCGGAAAAGGGGAGGGAGGUACUUAGUAGGGCGCAGAAGGGGGAUUGGAGCAUGGAAGGUGUCGUUCCUUAG